UGAGACUAUGUUUACGGCAAUAUAAUAUGAAUAUCGGUUUAUCUGCCUGCUGUGUGCGUUAUAUUCGUAGGUCUUGUACUGUUACUGGUUUUCUACGCUCUAGGGGACUGUCUGGCCAUCUUUUCACACAACCACAUCGUUUUUCUUCUGGUGGAUAUUUCACUCGGACUACUUAUCGUUAUUACUCAAGUGACACUAAUUCUGUGUCGAACGUUGUGCGUCUCGACUCCCAGGGUGGUACUAAAUUGGUGUAUGAUAAUUUUGGGCGUCUUCGUGUCUUCAUCAAGUUUUUAUGUUUUCAAAGCGUCCCUUUGGCUAUUUUUGCAUACUUCUAUAAAAGGUUUGAGGGUGAGCGUAGGGAUCUGUACUCCGUACCACUUGACACUGUGGAGGAUGCCUUACGGCAUUUCUUCUCUAUAACUAAGGGUGCCCAAUGCUUUUUACUUCUGGGUAACCAAACUUGUAUGGUCAAUUAUUCAAUUGGUCAGGGUGUCAAUUUCAGCGGUGUCGACUCCUUGGAAUCCUUCUUUGAUCGCUUACAGCCACAAUUUCGUGACUCCUUACAGCACAUUCGUAUAUCAUAUCCCAGUAAUAUUACGUUAGAGGUUUCAGAAACGGAAAACCGCCCGCGUUUGUUAUUUUACAAUUCAUCUUUGGAUUCUUUCGGUGAAAUUGCUAUAGACAUUGAUGUUAUAAUAGACCCUGAGCAGAAGCAGCAGCUUUGGGUCCCUCGCUUAGGAAGUGAUUCUAAUAACUUGGCUGUAUGCCGUACUAGCUUUAUUCGGCUUGGUUUUGGUGGCUCUGAUCGUUGCGUUCAAUUACAAAAGAGGGAGGAUUGGCGUUUGUUAGAAUGAUAGACCUCAAGUGGCAAAUCGUCUCUUGCAUAGUUUUAUUUUU